AACACUGCCCCGGCUGAUAUCGUGGAGUGGCUUUACAGUGACAAAAAUGAUAAUCGCUAGAAAAAAACAAUUUGAGGACCAGUGUGUUUUUAAAUCUUGAAAAACUAAACUUAUCUAACUAAAUGUUGAUCGAGAAAGUGAAGGAAGCCGAUUUUGCGAUGGGCCUAUCGUCCCCGUGAGCCAUGGCGGGGCCGGGCCGUUCGCUCGGGGUCAUCCGCUGCACCCGGGACUACCUCGCCUCGUCGGACUCCGACGACGGGCCCGCGCCGUCGUCCCCGCUGGCACCGUCGUCCCCACUGUCAGGGGUGUCCGGGGAUGAUGAUGGCAGCAAUGCUUCUCGCGACAACCCCCGCGAGAUCCGCAACAAGGCGGAGAAGCAGCGGCGCGAUAAGCUGAACCAGUCCAUCUCGGAGCUCGCGGCCAUGGUGCCCCCCGUGCUGGCCGCCUCCCGCCGCAUCGACAAGACCGGCGUGCUGCGUCUCACGGCGCACUACCUGAGGGCCCACCAGCACGUGUUUGGAGACUCCAUCGGGCAGUCUUCCCCGGACAUCUCCGGGGCGACGGCGCUGGGGCUGCUGAAGGCUAUGGACGGCUUUCUCCUCACCGUCACCUACAAGGGGCUAGUGGUCGUCGCCUCCCAGAAUGUGCAGGACUACAUCGGCUACACUGAGCUGGAACUCCUCGGCCACCCCAUCAUGAACGUGGUCCACCCUGACGACCGCGAGUUCCUGAGGCAGCAGCUGAUGCCGACCACGCCCAACAUCCUCGGUCCGAACGGGGAGCUACUGGUUCCCGACGACCCUGAGGCCAAGGCGAAGAUCAAGCAGGCGCUGGCCAACGAACGCCGCACGUUCGUCAUCAGGCUGAAGAAGCAGACGCAGCGCUCGGAGCCGGCCCAGUACGUGCAGUGUGUGGUGGAGGGGUCCCUGCGCAAGUCCGACCGCGCCUGCCGCGGCUACUCCCGCUGCUGCCAGAUGGUGCGCCGCGCGCGAGCGAGGGGAGACAAUCCCUGCGCUAGUGGGAAUGAUAUCGUGUUCAUCGGCCUGGUGCGCCCAUACACCGCCUCCUUCGGCUCCGAGCGCAUCUUGGAAACCUUCGUGAUGGAGUACCACACCCGCCACUCCAUCGAUGGCGAGAUUGUCCAGUCGGAUCAGAAGAUCUCGCUCAUCACGGGCUACAUGAAGCGCGAGGUGUUCGGUCUGAAUGCCAUGAACUUCAUGCAUCGUGAUGAGGUUCGCUACGUGCUCGUCGCUUUGAAGGAGACUCUGACUUCGGCGGUUUACGACAACUCGAAGUUGAUGGGCGAGUCGUGCUACCGCCUGCUGACGAAGAACGGCGAGUUCAUCUACCUGAGGACCCGCGGGGUGCUGGAAGUGGACAAGCAGCUGGGCACCGUGAAGACCUUCAUCUGCUCCAACACGCUGGUGGACCAGGCACAGGGCGAGCACCUCAUCAAGCUCAUGAAGGAGAAGUACAAGGAGAGCAUCGCGCCGCUCAUGGAGCAAGUGCCGCAGAAGCCGUUGCUUCCCAACGCUUUACCCCUGGAGGACCCGGCGACCCUAAAGGAGGUGAUCAUGAAUCUGGUCAACAGUAUCCCCAAGCCGCCGCCGCCGCGGGACGGCAACAAGACCCCGCUGUCGAUCGUGCCGCCCAUGGCGGACCGCAUCUGCAGCUCCAUCGGGAAGAUCACCGAGCUCGUGCCAGAGGAAAAACUCACGGGACGCCCGAAACAAAUGAAAGGCCAAGAGACACCUGUCAUCAAGCCAGUGCCGAAACAGAACAGGGCGUUCAAGGCAAACAUGGGUCUGAAGAACCAAGACCCAUUCGAAACCGCAUUCAUGGCUGACACGCCAUUCCCGUUCAAUGCUGAUGAGGACUUGGUCCCGAAAAUAUGUGAUGAGAUAUUCCGCGCGGCUCCACCGAACGGAGGCGGGGGUGGCAUGGGGUACGGCCAUCAGGGCUACUCCAUGAAGCGCCCGAAUGAUGAUGUGAACGACGGGAAUACAUUCAAGAAGAAAAUGUGCGAGACUACCGCUUUUGAGGAGAUUUUCCCGGAAAUCCAAGAAAAGGCUGUUGAAGAAUUCGAUAUGAGCUGCAUUGAUGGGCUGCUGAAUGAUCCUGGACUGGACAGCGCUCUUAACAUAUUGCAAGCUGGGGGUCCCGACAAUGAACCUAUUGACCCUUUUUCGGAGUUACUGUUGGAGGCCGAUUUCCAGGAGCUGUUUGAGAACAUCGACAACCAGGCCUUGGACGAAGCUGUCGGCGGAGCAGCCACUUUCUGAACUAACACACGACACAUUGAGAAACAUCCAGCCAAUUUGGUAAAUUGGUGCAGUACUUAGUUCUUGAAUGUUUGGCAAAAGUUGUGACGAAGGGUGGAGUUACUCUCUAAAACACUUAUGUGUUUACAGAGAUUAUAAUAUUAACCAUAGGUACAUAUAUCUUUUUCUGUGUCUACAUUAAUAUGUAGCUCUAUAAUCAUAUAUACCAUAAAUAAUAUAUCAUUUACUAUCUUAUGCAUGUGUCUCUACGUAGUCUACGUAAUCGUAGCUUUGAGAUUUUGGGGUAAGCAUUGAGGUCAUUGGUUCGAAAGCUUCUGUGGGGAAUGAUACACCAAUGACUAUUUGACGAUGGUCUAGUUUAGAAUGUAGUUUUUUUUUUCAAUCUCGUAAUUAUAUCAUAUAUUUCUAUUCGUAUAUUAUUGUUAUGUACCUCUCGAGGUACCUAUCUAUUAUUAUGGGAAAUAAGUUGGCCUAGAACUCUAUUCAGUGCGAUAUUUUCAUCUUUUUUACUUUUAUCAUUUUCACGUACCGUGAAUUAAUUUUGGAUCUCGUUUGUACUCAUAACAUGAUAUGAUUUAGAGAAUAAAAUAGUUCUAUCAAUAUUUUGAGCAUAGUCUUUCGCAUUAGAAUAAAAGUGAGGUCUUUUUUUAAUUUAGCGUUAAGAUUGUGUUAUCGUUGUAAAAGAUGAAUCAUAUUUAGUUUGUUUAACUACUGUAGGCAUUUUGGGGUCAUUAUCAUUGUUUUUUUGUACUGGUAAAUAUUAAUAGGUAGGUACUUAAAACCCAAAACUAGUGCAUUUUGGUUUUAAUUUCUAGUUUUGAUAUACCCAAUACUUAUGUAUUUUUGAGCCGUGAAUAGGUUUUUUUAUUAUUAACCGACUAGUAAAGUAGUUGUUUUCAGCAAGAGUUUGGUUAAGAAUAGUAUAUGCUAAUUUUGUCUACCUUAUUUUUUAUACAAUAGAUACAAGUGACAUAAAAAAUAUGUUCGUUAUAGAAUAAUAAUUAUUAUAUUUUCUGUAUUUAGAGGUAGGUACUCUAUAUAUAUAUAUAUUUAAG